AUGGCAGAUGACCAGAACUGUGUUGCAGAGCUGGAAAAAGUGGAUCCUUCCAGUGAAGACGGGGUUGAUGCUAAGCCCGACCGCUCCUCCAUUAUCUCAUCAAUUCUCUGGAAAAAGAAGAAAAAUGCCCCUCCGUGCCCCGUCAAGACCACCCGGGACCGCGUGCCCACGCACCUGUACAGAAUGGAUUUUGAGAAGAUGGGGAAAUGUAUCAUUAUAAACAACAAGAACUUCGACAAAGUGACAGGUAUGGACGUCCGGAACGGGACAGACAAAGAUGCAGAGGCCCUCUUCAAGUGCUUCCGAAGCCUGGGUUUUGAUGUGGUUGUCUACAAUGACUGCUCUUGUGCGAAGAUGCAAGACCUGCUUAGAAAAGCCUCUGAGGAGGACCACAGCAACUCAGCCUGCUUCGCCUGCGUCCUGCUGAGCCACGGAGAAGAGAAUCUGAUUUACGGGAAAGAUGGCGUGACGCCAAUAAAGGAUCUGACGGCUCAUUUCAGGGGGGAUCGGUGCAAAACCCUGUUAGAGAAACCCAAACUCUUCUUCAUUCAGGCAUGCCGAGGGACGGAGCUCGAUGACGGGGUCCAGGCCGACUCCGGGCCUAUCAGCGAAACUGAUGCUAACCCCCGGUACAAGAUCCCAGUGGAAGCUGACUUUCUCUUCGCUUACUCCACAGUUCCAGGCUAUUACUCAUGGAGGAACCCAGGAAAAGGCUCCUGGUUUGUGCAGGCCCUCUGUUCCAUCCUGGACGAGCAUGGCAAAGACCUGGAGAUCAUGCAGAUCCUGACCAGAGUGAACGACAGGGUGGCCAGGCACUUCGAGUCCCAGUGUGACGAUCCCUGCUUCAACGAGAAGAAGCAGAUCCCAUGUAUGGUCUCCAUGCUCACCAAAGAGCUCUACUUUGGCCGUUGACAUCCCUCCCUUCCAGCUGAGAGCCUGCAGGCACUCAUCCAUGAGUCCAGUUGUUAUUCUAUUUUAAUUGUUUUGAUGCUCUCAAAAUACCCGGGAAUGUUAAAGAGAUUUGUGUAUUGAUUGAGCAGGGAGGAAGUUGAUUGGCAAUGUCUGAUAUUCUGCAUUCCUAGAGUUUUUUUUUAAUAAUUUUGUUCAUUGGAUGGCUUUGUUCUUUCCUUUUAAGGUUAAUUUUCUGUUCAGAGUUCCUUUACCUGGUCAUCACAUGAGUGUGUGCUAUGAAAAUGACCUCUGGAGAAGACUUUUUGGUGGUGGCAUUAAUGGAAAGUCAGUCUUAGUUUGACUUGGCAAAGAGAAUUCCAGUUCUUGACAAACAAGCAUAGCCAAGACACUCAUUGCCUCUCCUGCCUGGAAAAGGUGGCUGUUUUGUAGAGCGGUUGUUUUCAUUGGCUUCGGACAGAUUCUUAAGCAGACCUUCCCAGGGAAGUGAGGAAAUAGUAUUUUAGUAUGCAGGAUCUGGUCCAGAAAACAAGCCAUUUUCGGUGUUCCGAUGGAGAAGGGUCAAUACAGGGAGCUCACUUAAGUGGGUAAUUAAGAAAAAGAGCCAAGCAGUUGAAAUCUCUUACCUCAGGUGUGACUGGGAGGCUGUAAGAGGAGGCUGGUUCCCUGGUCAUCAGUAAGAACUGGUAGCGCUGCCCCCAGGAGCUAGGACCAUGGAGAGUUGUGGUAAAUGGAGCCACACCAAGGACAAAAGCUACUGUCUGAGAUAGAAACCAAGCGGGAGCUGAGUCAGAUACCAAGGCCUCCCCAGGCUUGUCCUCAUACCCUCACCAACACCUCAACAUUCAAGGUACCUGAAAGCAGCUGAUGAGGGCCCUGGGGAUGGAGAUUCCCUGGGAAUCAGAUCAGAGCAAGAGCUGUUGAGCCAGGGAGUGGGGGGUGUGAACUUGGCCCAUAAUGUGAACUUAAAUAACAGUUUUGUACGCCGCAGUUCUUCUGUUCAUCGGUUUGUCAGACCAUCCACACAGGUGCUGAAGAACAAUCUGUUUCUACUUCAUGUGCAAAAUAGUGGUUUUUUAUUUCAGACACAUCUGGAAUUCUUUCAAAUAUUCCAAGUUGUUUUUUUUUUCCUAAAUAAUAUUUUGUUACCUCUGAUUCUAUGAAUGAUACUUAGGGUAAAGAUCUUGGCACUUCCUUUUCAAGGUGUCGUUUUCUUUGGAAUUCGCUAUACGUUCCUAUUUUUUUCCACCUAAUAAAUGGUUAACAAAUGUUCCUAUUUAUUGAUUAAAAUGUGGUUUAGUAACUCCU